AUGGCAGCAUCUUCGGCGGGCAAUUUUGGGCCCCAAACAAUCAAAGGAACAGGAAUCGCGUUGAUUGUGCUAACCUCGCUUGUUGUGGGUACUCGAUUUGCUGGUGCAAUUCGACGACCUAAAGAUCUCAAAGCAGAGGACUACCUACUGAUUCUGGCUUAUUUGUUCUUUUUGGAGCUGGCCAUUCUGUACAUCUACAUCGCCCCUGCUAUUUUCCGACUGGCCGCACUUAAGGCUGGCACAAUCACCGUUUAUCCGACUGUUUUGGAAGACUCAGUCCAUUUGCAGAUAGUUUUCUUCGUCACAACCUCGUCGCUAUGGCUGUGUCUGUGGAUGAUCAAAUUUUCGCUCUUGUCGAUGUAUAAGCGAUUAUUGGUUGGAAGGCCAUACAUCAUUGCUUGGUGGGUGAUCUUGGUUUUCUGUGUUCUGUCUAUCAUCGCCUGCAUUGUCUCAUCAUGGGUUUCGUGUGAAAGCUUCCAUGCCUGGUUCACUGCGGGGGUGUGCUCUACCCCACGAGAUCAUCGCGCUGCCGUUAUCAGCCUAUACUUUGCAUAUGCGAUGGAUAUCAUUACCGAUCUAGCGAUUAUGGCUUUGCCUCUUCGCCUGAUCUGGAAUCUCAAAAUGAAAUCGAAACAGAAAAUAAGUAUCGGCGCCCUAUUCUGCUUUGGGUGGAUUUGUAUCAUCAUCUCUACUAUCCGAGUUGUUCAGCUCGGGGAAUCAGUGAAUGGAGUCCCAUCCACAUCAUGGCUAGCCCUGUGGGCAACUAUCGAGGCAUCAAUAGCUGUCAUGAUAGGUUGCUGUCCCGGUCUCUAUCGCGUCAUCAGAACCAGCAUGUCGUCCUCCAAAGCUACCUAUCCAUACGACUCGUAUAAUAUGAGAGGUCGCGGCGGUGAAGGUAUACCGUCACAUCGAUCAGGCGGGCCGAGGAACGGGGACAUUGCUCUGAGCAGCUUUACUGGAAAGGUGGAAACAUAUCAGUCUGCAAGUGCCUAUCGAUCAUCAAGUCCAGCAAGCAGCCAAGAGAAACUCGCUCAACCAUCUGAUCGAGGUACAAUUAUGGUGAACUAUGGGGUUGCUGUGACGGUGGAAGAUCGAUCAAGUGACUAUGGCCGAACAACACGCUUUGUAUGA